UCCUUGCAUCUGUCGAUUUCCAAAUGUUUUUAGAGGAAAAAGAAUUUACAGAUUCUCUCACCGGGGUAAUCGUUUUGAAAUAUCGAUAUAUUUGCCUUCCAUCUUUCACUUCUGUGAAUUUCAAUAAAAGUUGAAGUCUCCCUUGAAGAAGGAAAUGGAGAGAAGAGCCUCAACAGCAACAAAAACAGCAACUGCAACGGCGAUAUCCAGAGAAGACGCUGCUAAAGCAACCGUCGCUGAACAUAUCUCUCAGUCCGUACAAUCCACUUCUAAUCUUCUCCAACUCAUGCAACAGUCAUCUUCUUCUCAGGCCCAACUAACUAAGCUCCCAAAGAACCUCCUAGCAAAAGCCUCAAUUAUCAAGAAUACUGGGCAAGUCUUAGAGCAGAUGCCUCGAGUGAUUUCGUCCUUGGAUGCACAUAUGGAAAAUGGAUUACAAAGUGUACCUCAUCUGAAAACUGUAAUCCAAUUGCUGGAAAAUAUGGAAAGCAGCCAGCUUAAUUCUCUUUCUCAUGCUUAUUUUCCUCAGGAGGAAUCUGAGCGCUCAAAUCAAACUCCAGAAGUGGGUUAAUUGACCCCAUUUUGGAGUCCUGAAAAGAAGCAUCUACUAACCAUGUCCACAGAACCUUCAAAAUGUCUAGCUCAGGAAGCUAUUAGUUUGUGCUGUAAGCAAAUAGUAUGCACGCCUUGAUUUCACAAAGUAUUUGAAACACUAAUCCCUGCUAUUGGGAACCAUGGCUUGCUCGCCAAUUGGAAUAGGAAGUAAUCUCUUUUCUUCUGUGCAUCACAUCGACCCGUUAAUAAAUUGCAGCAGAAAUUACUGGUGCGGGUUGAUUUGUAAAACUUGUUUGGCUUGGUUUACAUUGCUGAAUGUAAUUCUAUUCGGUGUAAUGGAUGUGUACAUGCUUAUUCUUGUUACAUGUGGCACGAACUGCUAUAUUUACCAUGUAAUGAAGCUCAUCUCGCUGGCAUAAUUUCUUUGAUCAGUGAGUGUGGUAUUCUAGUGCA